AUAGCAAGCCCAAAAUAGCACACAGCAAAAUAGCCAGAACAAGCUGAUACACCGCCACGUUUCCAUCGUGGCUGGGCAGCGGGGCGCAUUUAAAAACAGUCCCCCGCUCUGCAGGCAUCCUUGUUUUGCGGACUUUCUUUUCUUUUGACCUUCGGUAUCCUGAUCUUUCGUUUUCUCUUCUCUACCAUCGCCAUGUCCAACCAAGAUGACCUGGCCUACGGUGGCUACUACCAGGCCGAACGUGGGUCCGGAGACGGAUCUCGCGGCUUCGGCGACACAUUCAAGAAGCUCCGCGACACCUACAAAAGCCACCAGGGCUCGUCGCAGUCUGGCCAGAAUCAGACAUACAACCCAAGUGGCUACCAGGGGCAAGGCUACCCGACUCAAAGCGAAUCCUCACAAUACGGAUACAGUCAGGGAAGUGGACAACAGCAACAGCAACAGCAACAACAGUCUUAUGGAAAACCACCCAAGGAAGACAAGCUCCAUGGAUUCCUGGGGAAGCUCCAAGGCACUGUGACCGAGUUUGGGACCGAGUUCGCGCAGAAGUUGGGGACCACAAUCGACCCCAAAGCCUACGCCGAGUAUGGACCCACCAAAACCACCGAACAUCGCUUUGGCAGUUUCGCUCCUCCCCGAGAACAUAACGACGCAAAGUGGUACGUCGAUGGCUGCUCGUAUUUCUGGGCUGUGUCUCGCGCACUGGAGAAUGCACGGGAGUCCAUCUGGAUUCUGGACUGGUGGUUGUCCCCCGAACUAUACCUCCGCAGACCCCCGGCAAAGAAUGAACAAUACCGGCUGGACCGAAUGCUGCAAGCUGCAGCUCAGCGCGGUGUUCGCGUCAAUGUGAUUGUCUACAAGGAAGUCACACAGGCACUCACUCUGUCUUCCUCUCACACUAAACAUGCUUUGGAGGGCUUGCACCCCAAUAUCGCAGUCUUCCGCCAUCCUGAUCACCUUCCUGAUCGCCAAGAGCUCGCGGCCUCUAUCACUUCUUCUUUCCAAAAUAUGACUCUUGACUCAGCAAGCCUCAGUAAGAUGUCCAAGGACACCAUUAAAGGGGUUUACGGCAUGAAUGACGAUGUGAUUCUGUAUUGGGCUCAUCAUGAGAAGCUCUGCUUAAUUGAUGGUCAGACUGCUUUUAUGGGUGGCUUGGACAUGUGCUUCGGCCGUUGGGAUACCCACCAACAUUCGAUCUCCGAUCUGCAUCCCUCGGAUGUGAACCAAACUGUUUUCCCUGGCCAAGAUUACAACAAUUCUCGUGUCCUUGAUUUUGAAGAUGUCGUUCACUGGGAGAAGAAUCAGCUGGAUAGAAAGUCCAUGUCUCGUAUGGGAUGGUCUGAUAUCUCUGUGAGCCUUCACGGUGCAGCCGUUGAAGACCUGCGUCGUCACUUCGUCGAGAGAUGGAACUUCAUCUACGACGCGAAAUACAAAGUUCGGAGUGACACAAGGUACGCAAGAUUAGCGUUGCACGGGCGUCCUACCUCGUCAACUGGCCAACAGCAACCUGGCUCGCAGCAACUGAAUCCGUAUCCGUCGGGUCAGUCAAGCCCGCAGUUCCAGCAACAGGGACAGUCACCCACCCCAUCCUGGCAACAGCAGCCUAGUCCAAAGCCCAGUGGAACUACCUCUACAUACCCACCACCACCGGCUUCGAGCUCUUACCAACAGACUCAGUCCCAGUCCCAGUCCCAGCAGCAGCCCCAGCAUGACCAGCAACAAUCCCAUACUGGGUCAUACCAGUCAUAUCAGCCUGGGAACACUUCGAACUACUCACCAUCGCCCGCUCAGGUCUCGAAUCAGUACCAAUAUCAGGAGCAACAGAAUACGUCUACUUCGUCUCAGUCCGAGAAUAUCCUGUACCAUCCUCCGCCCAGUCCAACUCCGCCCAGUUAUCAAUCGUCGCCGGCCCAGUCUAGUCAUUCACCGAGUCAGGGUACAUCCCAAUACACUUACUCUGGAAACUCAUUCCCGCCUCCCCCACCUGGACCUCCUCCAGCUCAGAAUACUGCGCCUCCCAGUUAUCAAGGCUACCAGAGCCAGCACCAGGAACAGACACCUUAUUACCCACUGCCGCCAACACAGGCCCCCACUGAGACUCAUCAGAGCUCAAGCCAAAGCCAGACGCCUUACUACCCCCUCCACCGGGCCAGGAGUCAUCUCACUCCAACACGCGUGGAAUAUAUGAUUACCAGCAAUCCGGCGAUCGCGAAAGAGGCUCUUUGGCGCCCCGCCGCUUCAAAGAGGAUAUAA